CUCUCUACUCUUUGCUCCCUCCUCUCUCUCAGUCCCUCCCAACCUUCUCUCUCUCUCUCUCUUCAAAUUAGAAAGCCAAAACCAGAAGCAGAGGGUGCAGUUGUAACGGCGUAACAGAAAAUGGCAGCGCCGAAACCGAAACGAACCUUCCCGCCGGUAACAGAAUGCAACGGAAACUCUCCCUCGUCGCCGAGAGAAUCCGUAGCUGCCGAUCUCGACGGAACCUUGCUCAUCUCCCGUAGCUCCUUCCCUUACUUCAUGCUAGUCGCCGUCGAGGCCGGCAGCCUGCUCCGCGGCUUCAUCCUCCUCCUCUCCGUCCCGUUCGUCAUCAUCGCAUACCUCUUCAUCUCCGAAGCCAUCGGAAUCCAGAUCCUCAUCUUCAUCUCCUUCGCCGGACUCAAGAUCCGUGACAUCGAGCUCGCCUCACGCGCUGUUCUCCCUAGGUUUUAUUCUGCGGAUGUGAGGAAGGAGAGUUUUGAAGUGUUUGAUAGUUGCAAGAGGAAGGUUGUGGUGACGGCGAAUCCGACGGUGAUGGUGGAGCCGUUCGUGAAGGACUUUCUUGGAGGUGAUAAGGUACUUGGAACGGAGAUCGAGGUGAAUCCAAAGACGAAAAAGGCUACGGGGUUCGUGAAGAAGCCUGGCGUGCUCGUCGGGAAGCUGAAGCGGUUGGCGAUUCUCAAAGAGUUCGGUGAGACUACUUCGCCGGAUAUUGGACUCGGUGACCGUGAAUCGGACCACGAUUUCAUGUCUGCUUGCAAGGAAGGAUACAUGGUUCCCCCAAGCAAAUCAGCAAAACCGGUCCCAAGAGACCGCCUGAAGAGCCGACUGAUCUUCCACGACGGCCGCUUCGUACAACGCCCAGACCCACUCAACGCCCUCUUCACCUUCCUCUGGAUCCCCUUUGGCUUUGCACUUUCCAUCUUCCGCGUCUACUUCAACCUCCCUCUCCCUGAACGCAUUGUCCGCUACACCUACGAGCUCCUUGGCAUCCACCUCGUCAUCAGCGGUCACCGUCCUCCUCCUCCCUCCCCUGGCACCCCCGGAAACCUCUACGUCUGCAACCACCGAACAGCUCUUGACCCCAUUGUCAUUGCCAUUGCCCUCGGCCGCAAGGUCUCUUGCGUCACCUACUCCGUCAGCAAGCUCUCCCGCUUCCUCUCCCCCAUCCCCGCCGUUGCCCUCACCCGCGACCGUGCCGCCGACGCUGCUCGCAUCAAGGACCUCCUCCAAAAAGGUGAUCUUGUUGUGUGCCCUGAAGGGACCACGUGCCGUGAACCCUUCUUGCUGCGGUUCAGUGCAUUGUUCGCUGAGCUUAGUGAUAGGAUCGUGCCGGUGGCCGUUGACUGCAAGCAGAGCAUGUUCUUUGGGACCACAGUUCGCGGGGUGAAGUUCUGGGACCCAUACUUCUUCUUCAUGAAUCCUAGGCCGGUGUACGAGAUUCGGUUCCUGGACCGGCUGCCGGAGGAGAUGUCGUGCAAGGCCGGCGGGAAGUCGUCCAUAGAGGUGGCGAAUCACGUGCAGAAGGUGCUGGGGGAUGUUCUGGGGUUUGAGUGCACAGGGCUGACCAGAAAGGAUAAGUAUAUGUUGCUGGGUGGGAAUGAUGGGAAGGUGGAAUCCAUGUACAGUUCCAAGAAGUGAAGAUAUAUCUGGAUAUGGAUAUGGAUAUAAAUAACAUGCAUAUAUGGAUAUGGAUUUUUUGUUUUCAUAGCAUGAAUUAGACUAAUGAUGAUUUAAGUGUUUAGAUUGUUUGCAUUGUAAACUUUCUGUAUGGGACAUUUGGGGAAUAAUAAUCCAUUUGAAUGUCAAUGAUUUGGUAGUUUGGUUGUUUC